UAUUUCGUAUAAUCUAUGAUCACGUUUUGUUUGCAUGCGGCUUUCUCGCUGCUUCUAGAAGUUUUCUUCAGAAUGUGAGAAACUAUUUAGAACUGGAUAGUGCAGAUCAGUACAGAUGGAGUUUUCGUGUGCAGAUAUGGCCGAUAAUUCAAAUAGUGAUAUGGAGACGCUUAAACCUGUGGUCGUGGGUUCAUACGAUUCAGCAACUAACCCAGUGAAAUCUACUGCUGUUGUCAAGUAUUCAGCUGUUCAGACACCAGCGUUGUUUGCCCAAUUGCGAUGCAACACAGAUUUAAAUCUUCCUCCGAGUAACUGGCUCAGCAGUUCAGCUAAAAGCUAUGGAUUGCAAAGUGUAUGGUCUCAAAGUACUGGUUUCUCCAGUUUUCGCAUGGCACACAUGUUUCCAGAUUGUGUUGGAGAAGUGGACGUGGUUUCUGAUGCUGAGAAUAUAAAGAAACUUCUGAAGAUGCCGUACAGUCAUGGUCCUGUCUCUAUGAUGGUUCAUAGAGUAGAGAAUACAUUACUUCUAGAUGAUUUUGAUAUACACAAGUACUUGUUGAGGCAGGCAGAGAGUGACUGGGAAUGGUUGAAAAAGUUUUUCUACGAGCAUGUUUUCCACAAUUUGGGUGACAAAGAAAAGAGACUAUUUCAUAAGAGCAAUAGCAGAAACACUUUACAGCAGAAAAAUUUAAUAUCCAAAUUUUUAUAUCACUCGUUGGUUUUGGCUGCUGAGAAAGAGCAGGGUCAAGAACCACAGUUACCAGUGAAACCUUUAGAACCAUUACUGCCUGAGCCAACACUCGAAGAGAAAUUACCUGACCCCAACUAUAAUCAUAAUUUUGCAAGAAAUGUCGUUUGGACUUUUGAAAACAUACAGAUGUUGAUUGGAACUGACAUGCCAAUCUUUGGUGGUCAAACUCAUCCAUGUAUAAGUCUGAGACUUCGAGACAUGACAAAACCGAUAAAUGUCUUGACUGGAAUUGAUUACUGGCUGGAUAAUUUAAUGUGCAAUGUUCCUGAGGUUGUAAUGUGCUAUCAUCUUGACGGUAUAGUGCAAAAGUAUGAACUAAUAAAAACAGAAGACCUUCCAAAUUUGGACCACUCUAGAUUCAGUCCCAAAGUAAUAAGAGAUAUUGCUCAGAAUAUAUUAAGUUUUCUGAAAAGCAAUGCUACUAAGGCUGGUCAUACCUAUUGGCUGUUUAAGGGUAAAGACGAUGAUGUUGUGAAGCUGUACGAUCUGACGUCACUGUGCAGCGAUAUUUCAGAUGAGAAAGGUCAAAAUCCAUUCACAGUUCCUGUGGCAAUGCUUCUCUACCGAGUAGCAAGAAACAUGAAGUAUUCAUCAGAUUACCGAAGGCAGCAGGGAACGAUACGAAUGCUGCUACAAAACUGCGUUCAAUUGCUAGCUAAAGAAAAAUAUCCACAGAUCGUCACGUCCGCGCACUAUAUGCUCUCGGAUUUGUAUAUUCCAGUAGAUACAAAUCCGGCAAGUCCAGGCUUGGGAGAUCAAAGCGACGAAGAAGACGCUCAAAGUGAAUGCAACACGAAUCAGGACAGUGAAAACAGCUGGUCAGAUGUAAACGAUGAAGAAGUGAACGCCGCUAUAAAAUCCCUAAGAUUGGCUUGUAUCAAGGAACAACCGGAACAGGAGGAACCAAAAUACAAACCACCUCCAAUUCGUGGUACCGUUGAGGAACGUUGUCGAGCUGCCCUGGAGCACGUAGCUCAUGGUCUAGAGUGUUUAAAGUAUUUCCCAACAGAAGAUAAUUCAGAUAGUGAGCAAAAGGACUCUGAAGACGUGGAAAAAGAAAGACAGAAAUAUGAGGAAGUCCAUCAAAAUACAGCAAAGCCUUUUCAAGCUAUUCCUAUGCCCUAUACUCCACUGAAUAAGAGUGCUACUGAUUCUGAAGAGUGUGCGAAUAUGGCGAGUCCCAAUUACAAGAAACGAAAUAAGCAGAAGAAGAGCAAAAAGUCUGAAAAGAACGUAGCAAAGAAUGAAAUAGAAGAUAGUACGCCUAAGGCUCUUAUUUGCAAACCUAACGGGGAAACGUUGCCAACUUGGCAAGCACCUAAGAAGAGUGACAACUUGAGCUGGAACGCCCAUUUGAAAACUCUGCUCUAUGAAAAGGCCUCUUUGAUUUUUGCAGUAUUGGCAGAGAAUGAAUACUCGAGUAAUCAUUACGGAGCGUCGCUCAGAUACAUAUUGGCAGUUCUACGAUGCCAGAAGAUAUUAGAGAUAUUCUGCAGUGUCAAAAACAACAAACUCAUUAGUUAUCUUCUAGGACGUGCUGGCGAUACGUGUUUCAUGGCAGUUCAAGACUGGUCUAAUAUUGAGAAGCACAGAGAAGAUUAUGAAGUUAAGGAAAAGACUGAUGAAAAAAUUAUUGAGGAGAUCCAUACGAUGGAAGAUGUAGAUAUGAAUGGCACUGAGUUACUACCGCAGCAUUUGGAAAGCUUGGAAGAAGUUCUGGUAGCUUCGUACAAGUGUUAUGAGAAAGCUUUGUCACUGGAACCUUCGGGUAUGGAAAGAAAUAAUCUUCUUCGAAGGCUAGGAAAUAUCCACAACGAGCUUGGUGUUCUUUAUAUGAAUCAAGCUGGAGCCCGGUAUCAGCAGGAAUCAACAGAGGACGAUUCGUCCACUUCUUCAAAAACUACCUCAUCCUCGUCUUCACCGGACGUGACAGCACUCCUUACGCAAUCCUUGAACCACUUGGAAUCAGGAGUAAAAGCGUUUGAGAGCGUUAACGACGAAGCGAAUUUAGCUUUGCUACACUCAAAUUCUGGUCGACUGUUGCGUCUUUGUGCACAUAUUCAUAUUAAACAGAGACACCAGGAACGCCAGUUUUACAACAAGGCGCUUAUCAGCUAUCAAAAAGCAUUGCAAGUAUUAGGAUCCAGAAAGACUAAUCCUAGUAUAUGGGAUACAGUAACUUGGGAAUUGUCCACUACUCUGUAUUCGAUGGCUACUUUACUACAAGAUUAUCCUGCUGUUGGUAAUAAGACGGAAGAAGAACUUGAGAAAGAAGUCGUAGAGAUUUUGCAAAAGGCUUUGAAGUACUGUGAUACCGAGACCCCAGGUCCUCGACAACCGGUUUAUCAAUUUCGUGCUGCUUCUAUUCAGCAUAGACUUGCUUCCUUGUAUCACCGCGUCUACAGAGAACUGGAACCGGAUGCGGAUCCCGGAAAGCGUAAAACAAGUUUACAGCUCAGCAAAUUGUAUUACGAGAAGGCGGCGAAGUUAUUAUUAUCCCUGGAGCAGAGUAUUGAAUUUCUAACUGUACAGAUGGAACGAGUAGCACUGACAGAGCAUCAAGCACAAACGUCCACAAGUUUUAAUGGGAAGCUUAAAGCUUAUCAAAAUGGAUUAGAAUUAAUUCUACAAUGUCGCCCGAUAAUCGAUAUCCUCUAUGAAAAGAACAAGGCUGUCAGGCCAAAAGAUGGGGCAUCGAAGAUUUCCGCAGAAAUAAAAAUAGAGCGUAACAAUUUCGACGAGGAAAAAUCAGUAGACGAGCAAAAACAGACGGAAGAUGAAGGAAAACUGAUUAUUCUGCUCGAGCAGAGACUACAGUUCCUACUUCGCUCACUGACCAAGCUGUGUCUUAGUAAAAACACCGGAAACAACAAGAAAGAGUGCGACUCGCUGGCCAAUCUCUACAAGCAAUGUUACAGUCGAACGCUGAGACAAGGCACUUUAUCAAACCAAAAACUAGUAGAACACGUCAGCCAGCUUCUACGUGAGCUGGAAAAUAUGUUACAGCAAAAUUCUAAGAGUACUUCGUAGACCUUCAGGUGUACUGAUUAUUCAUCCGUAACAAUACCAAGUGUAUGAGUAGUAGGUGAAUCAACGUUUCUCGAAGAUCUGAUUGGCUGUUUAAUCUAAUUUGCGUGAUAUUUAAAAAUAAAAGCCUUUUUUAUGAUAUCCAGUGUAAAUAGCAUCGGCGAUGCUUGUAUUUAUGUACUGUGUAAAAAGAUACAAUAAAAAGAGUGUGUCCUA